AUGAGCAGUUGGAGAAGGAGCAGGAGAAGACGGGGAGGGCGAGCCUCGGCGACUGAUGAAUUGAGGAAGCAUGUAUGUGCUGCGCUUGAGAAGCAGGUGUUUGCGAUGAAGUUGCAGCGUUAUAAAGAGCGUAAAGGUCUCAUGCUGCAGAUUCGGUAUCUGGAAGCCUAA